CCGGAUGAUGCGGGCAGUUGCACUUCCGGCUCUUGUUUUGGCUGGUAGUUUGAAUUGAGACCGAGAGCUUUAUAAGUUCUCAUUUUUGGCUUCUAAAUGGACGUAAAUUUGGGAAUAGAUUAUUUCCGCGGAGCGACAAUAAUCUAAGGUUUUUAAUUUCACGCAUUUUUCUAUAAUAUGUUCAAAAAGAUGAGUGAAUUUGGCCCAGAUUCCGGAGGGAGAGUUAAGGGGAUCACGAUUGUUAAACCAAUUGUGUUUGGAAAUGUUGCCCGCUAUUUUGGAAAGAAGCGAGAGGAGGAUGGACACACGCACCAGUGGUCUGUUUACGUGAAGCCUUACAGGAACGAGGAUAUGUCUGCCUACGUAAAGAAGAUUCAGUUUAAACUACACGAAAGCUACGGGAACCCUUUGAGAGUGGUGACCAAUCCCCCAUACGAGAUCACAGAGACUGGAUGGGGAGAGUUUGAAAUAAUCAUCAAGAUCUUCUUUAUUGACCCCAAUGAGAGACCUGUCACACUGUACCAUCUACUGAAGCUUUUCCAGUCUGACUCGAGUGCAAUGCCCAAAAAGACUGUGGUUUCAGAGUUUUAUGAUGAAAUGAUUUUCCAGGAUCCUACAGCCAUGAUGCAGCAGCUUUUGACCACAUCGAGGCAACUCACUUUGGGGGCGUACAAACAUGAGACUGAAUUUGGUGAACUGGAGCAGAAAACGAAAGAAAAGGUAGAAGCUGCAAAGAAGAGAACGAGUCAGGAGAUCGCCGAGCUGAAAGACAAACUCAAGGCCAGUCGAGAAAACAUCAACCACCUCAAAUCUGAAAUCCGAAAGCUGGAGGAAGACGGGGAGCAGAAAGAGCACUGACUGUAAUAAACCUCAACAAAUCAGAUCAUGCAACAGGGAUGUCUGUGUUUAAACAAAAAUAUUGACUUUUUAAAGACGGCCCGGGACUUGAAAAGUCUGUUUUCUCUCAACAUUAAAUGAGUUAAAAGAUGUAACUUUGCUCGUUUCUAUGGAGAUGCUGCUGCUUUCCCUGGUAUGUUUCUGUGGUACGGUGCAAAACUUUUCUAUCGUGCAUUUUUUCCAAUUUCUGAGCUCGCCUCUCCAGUCUCCACAGACCUGACUUGUAAGUGCCACCUCCAUGGAAAUAUGUUUAAUGCCGUAGUACGGAACAUCCCAGACAAAGCUUUAACCUCUCAAUUGAGACAUGCAGAGGAGUUAUAUCGUUAAAUAACAAACAUGUUCUGUUCACUGACUUCGUUUUGGUUUAAUGUUUUUAUUUCUAGACCCAGUUUUCUAUGUAAAUUUUUUAUAAUUUUAAGUAAUUUGUAAUAUUCUGCUGUAACAUAAACAUGCCUGCCUGGACUUAAACAUUUUGUAAUAAAUAUGUUACAGACGUUUUGUACAA